AUGAGCCCUCCCGACGCCGUGCGUCCGUCGGCAAGCGCUCUCAGUCGCGGGAGGCACCUGCCGCUCCGUCAUCGUGCCCGGCGAGAGUCAGAGCCGCACCCUCCCCAUGCGCAAAUCGGGGUCGAUCGACUGCACGCGGCUGGCAUCACAGGCAAAGGCAUCCGCAUCGCCAUCUUGGAUACGGGCUUUGACUACAAGCAACAGCCCUUCGGGCACGACAUUGGGCCCGACAAGAAAGUCACGUAUGCGCACGAUUGGAUUGGCGAUUCCGAUGACCCAUACACCGAAUGCUCACACCAUGGCACUCACGUCAUGGGAAUCGUCGCAGCCGACCGAACCCAUUUCGGAGUCGUUGGUGCUGCCCCCGACGCGACCAUUGAACUGCACCGAGUCUUCGAUUGCGAUGGCCAUACCGACGAAGAUACGCUGUUCAGUGCGCUCACUGCGGCGUGGCAGCGUGGUGUGGAUGUGAUCAAUUGCUCCUGGGGACUGAGCGACUCCUUCGAAGCUGCCAUAUCGACACUUGCCGCGCGAAUCAUGGCGAAUGGCACAUAUGUGCAGUUCACUGCCGGCAACGCGGGUCCACGACCGUUCACUAUCAGCACUCCAGGCGCAACGCACGGCGUUCCUGCGGUGGGUUCGGUGGACUGUGAAAGCAGUGCGGCCUAUUUCUGGAAUGGGUCAUUCUUCUCGAACGGCGUACAGCAUAGCAUUCGCUGGGUCCCGGGACUCACUAACUACACUGUCACUGAAUUUCCCUCGGACCUUGACGUAUGGGCGCCACUGGAGACAGUCCCGGAGAACUCGCCUUGGCGACCGGUCAUGUUUCCUGCAAAUCUAUCCAUCCCAGAUAUGGAAGAGACCGUUUUGUUGAUUCGACUCGACUUCUUCGCAGUCUAUCAUCAGCACAUCGUUGAUCUCAUAAAGCCGAGAUAUAUACUGACCUACCAUCCCAUGCCUGGCGAUCUUGCAUUUCCGGGCAUGUACUUUCCAUCGUGGCCAUUGUCAGACUUCCCUGACACCAAGGCUUUGGCUACCGUCGAGCAUGAAACCGCUCUCCACAUGCUGCACGAGAUCAGUCAAGGCAGGCGAGUGAUCAUCACACUGGCACAGAAGAACGCCUACACCGACGACGUUGCUUAUGCCGUGAAUCUCCGCACAGGUGGAAGAAUGACGGAGAACAGCGGCUGGGGUCCAACCAUGUUCGGUGAAGCUGGUGUCACAUUCGCCGCGCCCGGUGGCAGGAUACUCUCUACCCUUCCGCGACUUUACGGUGGUUUUGGGCAGUUGACCGGCACCUCUAUGGCCGCACCUCUCGUGACGGGAGUAGUUGCAUUGAUGAAACAGCUUCACCCAGACUGGACUCCUGACAUGAUGCGCAAUGUGCUGGCCACAACUGCUCAUCCAAUGCCCUACACGGAUAACAGUACUCGUGAUUACGGGCUUCUGGCGCCGGUGAUCCAACAAGGCGGCGGAUUGAUUGAUGCAUUGAGUGCCGCUUAUGCUACGACAAUCGUCAACGUCUCCGUGCUUGACUUUUUGGACCUCAGUCGCAAGCCGUCAUCGCUUUCUUUCUCCUUAACCAAUGUGGGUAACGAGACUGUAUCGUUCGGCAUAAGUCAUAUUGGUGCGGCGUCGGGUUAUGCCAAGAUGCGCUCUGAAGACAUGUCAUUUGCUGAUGACAAGUAUUUGGACCAAUCGCGGUUGUUGAUGGCAGCAUAUGCCAACGUCCAAGUCUAUCCUACAUCUCUAACUGUGGAUCAAGGGCAGACUGCCGUAGUCCGUGUGACUGUUACGCCACCGGCCGGGUUGAAUCCCUCGCGAUUGCCAUUCUUCGGUGGAUACAUUGCACUUAACUCUACCGAUGGCACGCAAAAUUUGACAGUGCCAUAUAGCGGCAUUGCUGCUCGUCUCCCCAAGGAUUUGCCUCUGGUCGACGCUGAAAGCGUCAAGUCGGCCAUGUAUAGGCCCGAGGAUGAAUCGUGGUCGGGUUGUGACUCUAGUACCAAGUUUGAAUUGGUCGGCUUCAACAACACACUACGCUUCUCAUCAGGUGCCUGGCCGGCUGUCACUUUCAGCAGCCCUUUGCUUCAAAUUCAAACAUCUCGGGUCUCGAUGGUCAACGUUAUGAGCGGACAAGAGAUUAUCAAACAUACUCUCACCCCUGAAGAUUGGAGAGCCAAAAAGUGGUACUGGAACGGAGAUAGCAGCAGCAGAGAACAUACUCUCGUCUCGGAAGGUCGUUAUUUUUGGAGACUAAAACAUUCAGGCCUACUCGCUCGCAACGAGGAAGAUUAUACCACGAUCGACACGGAUCCCUUUUUUGUGGGAUACAGCAAAGGUGAUGAACAGUAUCAUCGCACCUUGCCCGAAUUUGAGGACACACCGUGCGAGAUCGAAGCUGCAGAAGGCUUCAGAAGCUGGUAG